AUGGAAUGCAGAAGGUUCAGGAUCACACUUAUUUCUGCCAAUGAUCUCCCCGCUGUUCAGGAUUCUGGAAAGACAAGAGUGUAUGCCAAAGUUUCACUAGAUGGCAAGCGCAAAACGGAGAAGCGAACACCGGCGGACAAGGAAGGUCAGAUAAACCCAAGGUGGAACUUCACACUUUGGUAUAAAGUGGCUGAGGCACUGAUCCAACAGGAAGAUGUAAACAUUGCAAUAAAGUUGUAUGCUGAAAACAACUUGAGGGACAAAUAUGUAGGAGAGCUCAAUCUUCCUUUGAAGAAUCUUUUUGACAAUGGACUUACUGCUGAAAAGGUCAGUUAUGCUCUAGAACAUAAAAGUAGUGAUGCUUCCUUUUCAAAGGGAACACUGCAAAUGUCAUAUAGUUUUGGGGAAAAGAUCAUAGUGAAAAAUCUAGCAGGAUGGAAAAAAGCAGCGGAUUAUGGGGCUACCAUACUACUUAAAGGAACAUGUCUUCUUGUAUUUGGAUUCGUUGUUGAGGAGGAGGAUGAUGUUGGGGAUCAUGAUGUACUUGUUAAACCAUGA